UUUUUUUUUUUCUUCUUUUCUUCUCUUCGCUUCUUUCUUCACUUCUUCCUCCCUUUCUCUUCCCUUCUUCCUCCCUUUCUCUUCACUUCUUCUAUUCCUCUUCUAUUCUUCCCCUCCUCUUCUCUUCUUCUCUAAACCCCUUUUAUGUGUGGAUUUCACGCGUAAUGAUCCCAUGUUUAUGUUCUACGUCGAUGCUGUAUGGAUAGAUAUGCGGAUGAAUUUGUGGGCGGCGUUAGCUGGUUAUACCGUGGGUCUACAAAGUUGUCUUUAAUUUUUUUUAUUUUCUUUUUCAAUCUUAUCCCCAUUCUCAUAUUUUUUUAUUGGUUAUUCUCUUUCAUAUUUUUUUUCUUUGCCUUGAUUUUCUUUGUCAUUCCCAUUUAUUGGCUUAUGAUAGACGACCGGCGUUUCGCAUUAGAGGUGCCUUUCUUGCUUGCAUUUUGCAUGUUCGCUUGCAUUUCUAACUUACUCUACAUUGAUAAUGUAUCCUAGUAUAAGGGUGCGAUAUAUUAUCAUCACUAUUC